UGGGGCAUUUUAAGAAGUUGCGUUACAUAAUGGGCUUUAGCCUUGGAUGCCUUUUCUCAAACUGAGUGUGUCAUCAAUCAGCAUGGACAAAACCCAAGUCAAUUCCAUUCCUGAGAACGAAACAUCAAACUCUGAUGCUCCUGGGUCCGUACAGUGUUUCCCCUCGUCAUUUUUGACCGUAGGCACUGCUGUAAGUGCCAAGUAUCGUGGUGCAUUUUGUGAGGCGACGGUAGAUCAUGUGGAUCUAAAAUUCCGUCUCCGUGUUCAGCUAAAAUCUAAUAAGUCCUGUGUCUCCGUUGAUGAAACCUGUUUGAUAUCUGGAUCUCCUGUUAUUGGAAAUGAAGUGUUAGUUCGAAUCGCUAACGAAACUGCAUUACCUAAUGAACAAGCUGGCAUAGUGAUACGUGUCACGGAUUCUAGUAUUUACACUGUCGUUUUUGAUGAUGGUGAUAAACGAACUUUAAGACGUACUCAACUUGUCAUAAAAGGUGAACGUCACUUUAAGGAGAGUGAAAGUUUGGAUUGUUUACCUUUAACUAAUCCGGAACAAUUCAGGCAACCAGUUAUAGAUCAGAGAAGGAAAUAUAGAUCUGGUGAAGAUGGUAGCAGUAGCAUCUUAGAUGAGAACAUGGAUGAAAUCGAAACUGAAGAUGUAGAUGAAAGAAGUGGGAUUAAAGAUUUUAAUCAAACUAUUUCGUACCAACCUAAUGGAAAUCCAGAUAAAUUGACAGAUCGCGAUGAUGCAGAUGAUUUCGAUCCAAAUUGCUCAAAUAUAACAGAACAUAAUGAUGAAGGCAGGACUCGAUCAUCAGAAGCUAAUACCAAUGUAUCGAAUAUGGGAGCGACUGAUUUAAAGCAUUUACCUGCUAGUUAUUGUCGUUUACUCGGGCGUUUAGUCAUGGUUGAUAUGCCGCUAACAGGGAAAGAUGGUUUUGGCUCUCCCUCGUAUGGAUCGUCUACUCCGGCCUGCAAGAGUCCUGGGGUAACACCUCGACGUCGAUUCACCCCAGCUGUUGUUGUUCUUCCAUCUGCUAUGCCAAGUAUUGACCUAGGAAGUUUUUCAAGUAUUGAUAAAACACACAAGUGUUACAAACUUUUGGUCCGUUCGUUUAAAGAUAACAGGUUUCUAGCAGUUCCUGUUACAUUUGUUAAACGACUGAAAAGACCUGAUGCAGUUGAACUUGCUCACACUUAUCCAGCACUACGUCCAGCUUUUGAGCGUGCACUUCUGUGGUUGGAUCGACAUGAAUUUCCAGUUUCUUGGGGUGAAAAUGCUGUGCAAACAAUGUUAGGCACAAAAAACUGGCGAUAUUCAAGACGUCGUUCCAGGCAAGCGGCUUCAGAUUUCACAGAUUCAAUAAAUUCUAGUCCUUUAAGCUUAAAGCAUACACGUGCUUCAUCGUCAUCAUCUUCUGAAGCCUCACAAUCUCCAAAUACUUGCCGAGGUUUAAUCCAAAAAUCACGUGGCAGACCAACUAAACAACUUGAACAUUCUACUCGCAAACGACCAAGACAAUCAGAUAAAACCCAAGUUUCCCGGUCAAGUUCACGCUUAAAAAUGAAAAGAUUUAAGGGACAUAUUAUACGUCCGACUAAGGCUGAAAAACGACGAAGUGACGUCUCUUCAAACGAAUCAUUUCGCACGGAAUCCUCAAAACAAUCUACUGCUAAUUAUAAGGUUAUCAAGAAAGGCACUGACAGACGUCCUAAGUCAACUACAAGCUCAAAAUAUGAAAAAAAUCCUAUUUCCAGUGGGGAUUUAUUUGAUUCAGUAAGUUCUAAUGAAGCCUCGGCAAAUUCUUCAGAGUCGGAUACUGACACCGGAUCAAUAAGUUCAUCAACUAGCAGCAAUAUAACUGUAUCUACUGUCAGUACACCUAGUAGCAUUAGUAGUAGUCUGAAUAGUAGUAGUAGUAGUAUCAACAGCAGUAGUAAUAGUAGCAGUGAUAAUAGUGGUACCAGUAGAUCAUACAAUUCAUCAGAUAAUUCAUCAACAUCGUCGGUAGCUGAAUUCGAAGCACGUGACAGAUGGAUUGCUCAACUGUAUCGAUUUAUGGAUGAACGUGGCACUCCAAUCAACAAAGCACCUAGUUUAGCCAAUAAGGAUUUAGAUUUAUAUAAACUUUAUAAACUGGUUCAUAAACUUGGUGGCUUUCAUCGUGUUUCAUCACAACUUAAGUGGGGUUAUGUUUACUCAAAAAUGGAUUUGCCUCAAAACUUCAGUGCUGGUCCACGAAACUUGCAAGCUGCUUUUAAGAAAUAUUUAUAUCCAUGGGAUGAUAUCAGUAAAAAGUUGGGAACAAAUCUUUGUGAUCUUCCGCCAUCCAGGCCACGAUACCCUUCUUCAGUACAAAAUUCAAAUACCAAUGUUUCAGCUGCCAAUUCAACCGGAACUAAUGCAAAUAACUCAGUUUCUAUCAACACUUCACAGACUAAACAGUCUCUUGACUCGGGGAAUGUGGAAACAGAAUCAAAAUACUCUAACAUAAAUGCUACUGAAACAGCGGAAAAUUCAAGUGUUGAAAUCAAUAAAAAUAUCCGAACUGUCAGCAGUGCUACCACUACCACAAUUGAUAACACAAUAACAACAACAACUAUAAAAAAACGAACUUCUGAUAAGGCGUCUCAGCAACUAAUAGUUGAUCGUUUUAAACAAUCCGACGAUGAGCAUACUGGUGCUAACCAUAAUACACCAAUACGAAAGUCAACUUCGUCAUCACCAUCAUCAUCAUCAUUAGGAAUGGAUAAAUCGUCCAAUUUUGUAUCGACAACUGAUGAUUUGGAUAAACCUAUUUCUUCAGCUUCGUCCAAUUGUUCAUCAAAAUCAGCACCUUUGAAAGGUCGUAAAAGAUUCUAUGAUAGUACAAUGCUAAAUCUUCCAUUGUUAAAUUUUGGUAGAGAGUCAGUUGACAGAGUAGAAGAUUUAUCCAAUUGCAUUAUUCCUGUUCGAUCACGUGUUCGAGUUCGAUGUGGUGAUCAUGUUGCUUAUGAAGCUAAAAUUCUGAAGCAUUUACGUCCUCAACCAGCUCUUUGUGGUUUAAAGACUGAAAAUUCUGCUGAUUCACUAUCAACUGCUUCAUGGUCCGGUGUUGGUGAUAUACAAUAUCGUGUUCAUUAUAUGGGUUGGAAUACACGGCAUGAUGAAGUUGUUCCUAGAUCUCGUAUAAUUUCUGUGAUAGAAUGGGGUCGGGGUACAGAUGAAGACCGUCCACAAUCUUGUUCUUCUUUGAGCCCAAUAGUUCAUGAACCUCGAAAAUCCACCUUAAAAAAUCAAAAUAUUGUAUCACAUUCUAAACGUGAAUAUGAUCGAUCAUUGGUUUCCACUGAAAUAAAUGUUAACGAAAAAGACAAAGAAAUCUUUAAAUAUUUUGCUACAGAAGAUGCAAAUGAAGAUGAAGAAAGUAUUCAUAGUCAAACAACUGAAACAGCAUCUGACAACAUUACUACAACAGCACCAAUUGUUCGACGUCGUCGUUUAAUGUUUUCUUCACUAAAACCUGGUAGACGACUCUCAUCUCGAAAAUUAUCUAUUUCAAAAAGAAAUGAAUUUUGUUCGAAAAAAAUACCUAAAUUACCUUUAUUAGCUAGUGGAUGCCUGCCUAAACCUCAUUCUUCCGUAAGUAGAGAUAGUAAUAAUAGUAGUAAUACUGAGAAGAAAGUAGAAGAUACAAAUGCUGAUCCAAAGAAGUUAAAAGCAACUCCCAGUGGCUGUAAAACUAAACAACUAUCUAUUAACCUACGUGGACGUAUCAGUAAGAAAAUCAAGCCUAUCAAACGGCCUCAUUCAAAUCUAUCAGUUGCUUCAGAUGUUUUUAGUACCAGCUCACCAAAUCGUUCUUCUGUCAAGUUAUCUGCUAAGUCAAAGAAAUUAAAAAUGGAAAAUCUUUCAAAUGAAUCAAUUAAUAGUGAAAUCUAUUACAAUACUACUGGUUUACCAACUCCAUUAGUAGCAGAUACAAAGCGAUGCGUAACUGAUGGAUCAUUAUCUGUAGAUUGUAAAAAAGAACCAUUGGAUGUUGUGGAUGAUGUCAAUCAACCAAGUAGUAAGUUGCAUAGCAAAUUGAGUUGUCAACGUGAUCAGAUUAAACCAACUCGUAAUUCAUCUUCUAGUCGUAAUCUGGUUUCCAAAUCAAAGUUAUCAACUUUGAAAUCUAAAAUAUCUUCAUCGUCUACAAUUAGAGCGAAAAAUCUUGUCUUUAAACUGUCGAAAUUAGCAAAACGAAAAGUUACCAAUGAAUUGAGAAUUUUAUCAAGAAAAAAAUCUAAACAAAUUGUCAAUAAUGAUAAACAUCAACUUUCAAUGAACGAUGAUUCAUCAAAAAAUAAGUUGUCGUCUGGAUCCCCAUCAGUAUUGAUGAUUAGUAAGGAAUACAAAAAUGUCAAGUCGAGUCUUCUAAAUGAUAAUAACAAACAAAUGGUUAUGAAUGAACAUCAGAAUAUUGAAUGUGCAUUAUCGAAUAAUUCUGUAAUCAUUAGAGUAGAUGAAGAAUAUAAAUCUUUAUCUCCUAAUGAAAAACCUCAGAAAAGUAUAACGAAACAUAAUCGACCUAAAGGGAAAGGAGCUGAUAUCUCUUCAUAUCGUCUACAAAAGAAACUCAAUAAUACUACAGAUACUUUAAAGAAAGGAAAUACUACCAAAUCUACGUGUAUGGAAGAAAAAAGUCCAGAUCGUUCCAUGAGUACCAGUACUAGUAGUAGUGGUUCUUCAGGUGCUAUUGUAAGAAAAACAGAUGAGGAAAAAAUAAACAUAAAAUCUCCAGAUAAAUUACGAACUAAAAAGUCAUCAAAAUCAACUAUGGGUAGUCAACAAGCCAAGACAACUAAGUAUAAUAAUCCCACACUACAUUUUGAAGAUAUAUCCGAUACAGAAUCUUCUAAUUCAAAUGAAAGGAAAACCACUUCUAAACAUUCACGUUCUCGAUUAAGACAUUCUACUCAAAAUUCAAGUAAUUCUUCCCCAAACACAUCUCAAAAGCAGAUACGACUUAUUAAAUCUUCAACUACAUUAUCGAAAGCUAGUUCAAAUACUUCAGAUUCUGAUGAUGAUGACAGUGAACAAGAAAUUCAUCAUUCUUUUGAAACUUCUCAUAAUGAAAGUAACGAUGGUAGUGGUAGUAGUAGUUCAGAAAGUGUUUAUGGUCCUGAUGAUGCACUUCCACGACUUACACGUAGUCAACAUAAACAAUUAUUAGGUGAUACACCCCCUGGUUCAGCUUUACAAACUGCAUCACCUGCAGUUUGUAAUCGUACUGCUUCAUCAGUUGUUGCUGCAAAACUUUUAUCCAAUUCUAAACGAUCUCGUACAAAAGAGGUGAAUAAAAUUGUUCAAUCGAAGAGCGGACAACAAUCAUUGGAGAAAAUUGAGGACACAAAUAAAAUCUCGCUUUGUCUUAAUACAGAUUUAAUGAGGUCUUCGUCGUCAUCUGAAGUGAAUUGUCUCCAUGAUAACGUGCCUAGUGUUGAAGCGGAAGUUCACUUGGAAGAAAUGAACAUUCAUCAAACUAAAGUUAAUGUAUCACUUGAUAACGAAAUAUCAGAGGACACUGAAAUUAACAAAAUAGAUGUGUCUGUUAAACAGGAAAUUACUGAAAGCUCCAUGAUUCCAAAUGCUCCACAUUUAUCUCCUGAAAUUAUUGAUGAUAAUACACAAGUUUACAAUUCACAUGUGAAUGAGUUACAAACAGAAAAUAUAUCUCCAACAUCUAUAACUAUGUAUGAUAAACAAGAAAAGGUCAAAAAAGAAGAAGUAGCAGUUCAAAAAGUCAGAGAAGAUCAUGGAAUUCCAAAUGAUAAUGUCAACGAUGAUGAUGAUAAUGAUGAUGAUCAAAGUUCUGUUCAAACUAUGAGCACAGAUCCUAUGGAUGGAUUAUCAUAUGAUUUAACUAUGUCUUCUGAAAAAACUCAUUUACACUUGUCUUCAAGCAAAGAAGAUGAAGAUGUAGAAUGUUGCACAGACAAUGAUGAUCAUCGUCAUCAAACGCAACAACUCUCUAAUAAUAUACUUGAAACUAUGAGUUCUUUAUCCGAUGAUGAAAAUCAUCAUUCAGUUGAUGAAAUUGUCAACGACAAUGAAGAAAUAAAUGUGACAGUUGUGAAUAAACCUCAUACAGAGCUUUCUACAAUUGGUGAAGAAGAAGAAGCAGAACAGCGACAACAAGAUGACGAUAAAGUCAGUGAAUUAGAACAGGGCAAUAUCCCUAAACUAUCAUCUCGUAGUCGAAUAAGACGAUCAAGUAAUAACAGUAAUUCUACUGAUGCUUCAAAUAAGCGUGGCAAUAAACGUAUACAUUUAACACCACAUCGUAUUACAGGUUCUGAAAAUUCACCAGUUCCUGCUUUGGAAUCCCCACAUUAUCAGCCUCCAACAUCUCCACAUUCAACACUCGGUACAUCACCAUUGCCUAGUUGCUCGAAGUCACUUCAAAAUCAUCCAGUUGACCGUUCUAUGUCUAAUCAUAGACGAUUCGGUGGACCAUUUUUCCCUAUCGCGGGUUUUGAUGAUCUACCUUCUGAUGUUAAAUGUCAAGUUUUACAAGAGCGUAUGCAUCGAAUAUUGGAAGCAUGGCGUUUAGCUAAACAAUAUCUUAAAGAUUUAGAUCAACGAAGUAAUCGUACACGUCGUCUAAAAGCUAGACAAAAUUUGGAAACAUUGACUUCUUCGUCGAAUUCCAAUUCAACUUCACAUAAUUGUCGACAACUUAUCGACGAACCUCCAUAUGCUACUAACGAUGUAGCAUACACCUAAUUAUUAUUAUUAUUAUAAUAAUACAAAGAGAUUAUGUGCAAGUGUAAAUUUCUUCAAGAUGUACGAUUAAUUUUUUUCUGAAAAAGAAAUACAAACUACAAACUUUAAUUUCUAAUUAUUUCCUAUCCACUUGUUUAUUUGUUGUCUCUUUCUUUUCACUGAUCAUUUAAUUUUAAUCCUUUGUACCUAUUUCUGUAUGUAUAUGUUAAUAUGUGUUUGCGUUUGGCCCAUUUUUGUUUUUGAUUGUUAUAUUGCUUACUUAAGUUACCCAAGAUAUUACUGCUAUUCUCUUAUUGUGUAUAUAGUUGAUGUCUGGAGUUGAAUUGGGGUACAUUUUAUUAUUAGUAUUAUAUGUAUAUUUAUUCAAAUUAAUGUAUUUUACAUAGUCUUAUAACUUAACAAAGACCAAUAUAGAUUGACUGAAAGAACACAAAGAUGACUGAUAAGUAUUUGUUAUAAUCAAUGAAUGUAACUAAUUUAUUAUAUAACAUGAUUACUCCUCUCUGA